UAGCCAUCACAGGUCCUUCAGUCACAAUAAUAUCUUCUAUCCUGCUGAGCUCCGCCCCCACAGGUAUUGGUCACAUGAUUGUGACAUCAUCACAGGUCCUACACCUGUAGAAGCUACAGAGCAGGUCCUUGUCUGCUUAUGAAUCUUAAUGCUACAGACAUGAAGGAAGAUGAAGAGACAGAUAUGAGCAGUGAUAAGCAGUAUAAGGAGGAUGUUCCUCCAGGAAAAGAUGUGAUCUAUAUUAAUGUUCCAAACAUAAUGAAAGAAGAGACAGAUGUGAGUGGUGAUGAGCAGUAUAAGGAGGACAUUCCUACAGGGAAAGAUCUGAUCUAUAUUAAUGCUCCAAACAUAAAGGAAGAGACAGAUGUGAAUGGUGAUGAGCAGUAUAAGGACGACAUUCCUACAGGUAAUGAUCUGAACUAUAUUAAUACUACAGACAUAAAGGAAGAAGAAAAGACAGAUGUGAGUGGUGAUGAGCAGUAUAAGGAGGACAUUCCUACAGGUAAUGAUCCGAACUAUAUUAAUACUACAGACAUAAAGGAAGAAGAAGAGACAGAUGUGAGUGGUGAUGAGCAGUAUAAGGAGGACAUUCCUACAGGGAACAAUCCGAACUAUAUUAAUACUACAGACAUUAAGAAAAAAGAAGAGACAGAUGUGAGCAAUGUUGAGCAGUAUAAGGAGGAGAUUCCUAUAGGUAACAACCCAGAUAACAGUACGAGGAGAUCAGAGGAGAAUCUUAUAUCUUCAGAUUAUAAAGCAGAUGAUGAUAUCACACAAGAUACAUAUGAAGAACAUUCCAUUAUCCCAGAUACACCCUCAGCCCUUCACAGCCAAGAUCUGUCAUCUGAUUCAUCACCACAGACUGGUAAACAAAAUAAAAGCCACAGAAGGGGUUUUGGACACCAAAAAGAUUAUACAUCAAAGAAGAAGCCAUUUUCAUGUUCAGAAUGUGGAAAAUGUUUUACCCGGAAAUCAUACUUUGUUCUACAUCAAAAAAAUCAUACAGGGGAGAAGCUAUUUUCAUGUUCAGAAUGUGGAAAAUGUUUUACUCAAAAAUCAGAUCUCGUUAAGCAUGAAAAAACUCACACAGGAGAAAAGCCAUUUUUAUGUCAAGAAUGUGGGAAAUGUUUUACUCAUAAAUCACAUCUUGUUGAACAUCAAAAAACUCACACAGGAGAAAAGCCAUUUUCAUGCUCAGAAUGUGGGAAAUGUUUUGCUCAAAUAUCAACUCUUAUAAAACAUCAAAAAACUCACACAGGAGAGAAGCCAUUUUUAUGUCUGGAAUGUGGGAAAUGUUUUACUACUAAAGCAAGUCUUAUUGGACAUCAAAGAACUCACACUUGGGUAAAGCCAUGUCCUUGUUCAAAUUGGGGGAAAUGUACUCAUACAUCACUUCUUAUUAAACAUCAAAUUACUCACACAGAAGAGAAGCAAUUUCCAUGCCCAGAAUGUGGAAAAUGUUUUACUAAAAAUUCACAUCUAGUUAAACAUCAGAGAAUUCACACAGGAGAGAAACCAUUUUCAUGUCCAGAAUGUGGGAAGUGUUUUACUCAAACAUCAGAUCUUGUCCAACAUCAGAGAAUUCACACAGGGGAGAAGCCAUUUUUAUGCCCAGAAUGUGGAAAAUGUUUUACUAAAAAAUCAACUCUUGUUGAACAUCAGAAAACCCACACUGGGGAGAAGCCAUUUCCAUGUCUAGAAUGUGGGAAAUGUUUUACAAAAAAAUCUACUCUUGUUGAUCAUCAAAAAACUCACACAGGAGAGAAGCCAUUUCCAUGCUCUGAAUGUGGGAAAUGUUUUACUCAAAGAUCAAAUCUUGUUAAGCAUCAAAGAAUUCACACAGGGGAGAAGCCAUUUUAAUAUGCAAUAUGUAAGGAAAGGGAGAGGGGAUAAGAUGUCUGAUCGUGGGUGCUGGGUGCUGCUAUAGUCUUGGAAACGCUGAAAUUUCGGGGACUGGAGACGUCACACCACUCCUCUCCAUUUAUGUCUUAUCUCCUAUCCCUUUAUCAAGGAUGUAUAAAGAAGGCUGAGAGCAUUGUUUACACAGUACUGUGCCCCUUCAUCGGUGGUUCAGGAGAUGGAUCAGCUUCUUGCAACGCAAGACAAUCUAGCCUUUUUUUUUUUUUUGCCACAUAACAUUCUAGAAAAAAAAAUUGAAUAAAACGAAAAUCAGAUCUACACCUUACAAAAAGUAUU